AUGGAGGCAAUGAAGAUGAAGAUUGUCGUGGCGGUUCUGGUUGCGAUGAUAGCCUUCUCUGUUGUUCAACAGACGGCUGCAGCCGUUGAUGCUCCGGCGCCGAGUCCUACCUCCGAUGCUUCCUCGUUUAUCCCGACGUUCUUCGCCUCCGCCGCGGUUUUGGCCUUUGGAUUACUCUUUUAA